UCGGAAUUAAGUUGGAGUAUUAAAUAGCAUGGUUUGAUAUCCUUAUAUUUAACUUGGUCAUUAAUACAAACCAUAAUGGUAAUUUAUAUAUUUGCAAUUAUUUUGUAUUUUAUUAAUGCUAUUUGUGGGCUUUGUCUUCCUGGAAAACAUGGUGACAGCUGUAGUUAUAAUUGCACUUAUCGUCAUUGUUUUUGCUCGUCCGAACGAGCCUGUGAGGGGUGCGAAAUUGGAUAUUGGGACAGAAGACAAAACUGUGAAUUGCAGUGCAUUUCUCUAACAUGCAGAUGUACCAACAUUACCAACUGUCUUUCUUGCAAAGACGGAUCUUAUGGACUGGACAGUAAAUGUGACAAGAAUUGUUCUUCUGGAUGCGAUAGCAAUAUAUGUUACAAUAAUGGAACGUGUUUUCGCUGUAAAUCGAAUUAUACAGGACACACAUGUGAUUCGUGUGAAGAUGGUCUGUAUGGAGCAAACUGCUCUUUGCAAUGCAGCCAGGGUUGUGAGGGGAGAGCCUGCAGUUCACGUGAUGGAACAUGCAACUGUAAUACAAAUUACAGAGGUGAAAAAUGUGACUCUUGUAUUGAGGGUCGGUACGGAUUGAGCUGUUAUCAACCAUGUAGUCCUGGAUGUGUACUCGAUGAUUGCUCUUUAAUCGAUGGAAAUUGUGAUUGUAAAGAAUAUUACAAAGGGGAUUCAUGUGACGUUUGUGUAGAUGGGAGGUACGGUCACGACUGUUUGAGUACAUCUCUAAACGAUGAACAUUCAGAGACAGAUGGACCAAACUUUGGGGCGGCUGUUGGCGGUGCAGUUGGUGCUGUUCUUGUAGUGAUUGCUGUUGUCGUUUUUUUCAUCCUAAGCAAACAAAGGAGCGAAUUAUGCUGCAAUAAGCCAAGAGAUGCAGAACAAAUCAGUGGCGAAAUACCUACAUCUCAGCCAGUUGUGUUUGCUGCAGUGUCGAACAAUAGAGUUGAAAAACAUGAGCGAGGACCAUACGAAACAUUAAAAACCACCCACACGGAGGAAAGUGAUAGGAGUGAUACCUACACCGGGCUGUUUACAACGGGACAAGCUGGAGCUACAGAAGGUGUCAGCCCUGAUUGUGAAUUUGAUAUUCAAAUAAGAAAUCCAGGGAUUCACUUAUACGCUAACACGAUGCUCAGGAAAUAACAACACUGGCACUUUCUAUUUCAGCAUAUUCUACUAUGAUCGAUUUAGUGUUUAAAAAUGCUAGACUACAAUAUCAACAAAGACUAAACGUCAACAAAAAUCACCAGCUGUGAACAAACUUAUUGUUAACGGAACUUGUUUACAAAACCUCCAAAGAACUAACGUCGCCUAAAACCACAAGCUGAAUAAACUGAUUGUUUAACACAGGUGCAGGUAUUAUCACUUCUCAAGAAGUUUAGAGAUAAAGAAACACAAUAAAGGGACAGCAAAAAUAACUUAUAUCUAUUGUGUCACCAAAAGGCAACCUAAUGUGUUUAUAUACAUAUAUACUUAAUGAUCUUCUUAAAAUUUAGAAGAUAUACUUUCCAAGAUAUUAAGAGAUAUUAAGAUCGUGAGUAAAACUAUUAUUACUUAAACAAAAAUCGCCAACACCAUAAACUAAACAUCAACCCUGGUAAACCAUAAACCACAACAAAAAUUAGGUAUCGGGCUUGUUAUUGACAAAAACCUACUGCACAUAGUAUUGAAACGUGUUCAAUAUUUACAAAUAUAUAACGGCAUCAACAUUAAUGUAAAUCCUUAUGGGUUUGAACUGUCUGGCUUUUUGGCGUGAAUUUGGGCUGGCUGUUCGGCAAGAAGAAUCGAACACGAUAUUGUCCGUCAGUAAAGUUUAUGUCAAAGUGGUUGCUGCAACUGAAACGAAACUGAUUUAACCAUUGGGACACUUGCUAUAUAUAUAAAUGGUCAUCUUUAGCAGACUUUUAUCUGGUCCCCUACAACUACAACUUUCAGAAAACAUCUACAUAUUGUAUACCAAUAUUGUAUUGCCAUUCUUAUUUUUAUAGUGAAGCUACGAUUCAUCCCACCAUUAAUAAAAGGGAAUUAUUGAAAUUGAAUUUCAUUUUAUUUUUUCUUCUGUUUAUCAAAGAUAAACUCGAUGUUUUGUCACGGUUUUGGCGUCUACGUCGACAUCGAGGGUGUCGUCGACGUCAUAGCUGCACAAAACUCAAAAACGAUGCAUUAGAUUCCGUAGCUCAUAACUCUGAUGCAG